AUGUUUGCUCGCAUCAAUUUAAUUCCAAUGCUUAAUGGCACCAGCUUCAAGACAUGGCAAGAGAACGUGAUGAUUGUUUUCAGAGUCAUAGAUUUGGACAUUGCUUUACGAGACAAUCAACUUGCUACACUUACUGAUAAGAGUACCUCUAAUGAUAAGAGGGAGAUGGAAAACUGGAAACAAUCGAACCGCAUAAGUUUGAUGGUCAUAAAGCGUGCUAUUUCAGAAGCAUUUCGGGGUACUAUGUCUGAUAAGGUCACUACUGCUAAGGGUUUCCUUGAGGACCUUGAAAAGAGGUUUGCCAAGAAUGAAAAGGCUUAA